AUGGACAAAAAUCAAGCUAACAAUCUCCGAGAGGGUGCACGAGGCACCGAUCAUGCACCUGAAGAGCACAGGAUUCCAAGAGCCACCGUGGCACGAAUCAUGCGCCACGGCUCGCCGCCGAACUCAACGAUCACCGGCGACGCCAAGGAGGCCGUGGACAACUGUCUCGUGGAGUUCUGCGCGGUCUUGAUCGCUGCAGCCGUGGAGGAGUGCAGGCAGGACAAGCGCACGACCGUGACCGGCGACGACCUAAUCCUCGCCUUGGCCAACCUCGGAUUCGAGGACUACGUCAGGCCCCUGGCUCUGUACCUCCGCCGCUACCGCGAGAUCGAGGGCAACAGGCCACGCGCCCGGCACAGCUCCAUGGCAGCGGCGCAGGGCCCGACGGCCCCGGCAGAGGUGGAGGCGCUGCCGCCGCCGUCGCCGGAGCCAACCCUGCAGCUGGAGCCGCCGCCGUCGGUGCGUGACGUCACGGAGCUGGGCCUGCACGGCGACGUGUACGCUGUGUGGCGUGCUGCUGCAGCGGCCGCCGCAGGAACGAUGCAGGCGCCAGCUGGUGCUGGUGAUGAUGAUGAGGACGAGGAGUGA